CGUAGAGCUCAAAAGUGAAAAAAAAUGGAUAGCCAGAAAAGUCCGGCGAUGCUGACGAGGACGAAGUCUUCUCUUCUCCGUUCAUCGCCGUCCGUACGAUCAUCAAUUCAUAGCCUUUCCUCUAUCUCAGAGGACGAAGAGAGUCUUUCUGAAGAGAAACCGAGAAGAAAACCGCUUCGUAAAACCAGGUCCGGUUUAAUCCGGUUUAGCUCAAUCACGCUUCUUCUCUCUCUACUCUUCUUCUUCUUCUACUUAGGUCGAGAGGAGAUUCCCACCUCAGAGAAUCUUCUGAUAGCUUUAAUUUUCAUCGCCGUUACGCUUUUCUUAGCCUCCAAGAACAAAACCCUAAUCAACCAAAUCAUCACAACGGUUAAACAACGGUCAAAUCGUAACCACUCAUCAAAACCGGUUCAAUGGUUCAUCGGCGAAUCAAGAACCGAAACCCACAUCAAGAAACUCCCUAGAGAAACAGUUGAGUAUUACAGUAAUGGCGAUUUCUACGAAGGAGAGUUUCACAAAGGUAAGUGUAAUGGAAGUGGAAUUUACUAUUACUUCAUGAAAGGUAAAUAUGAAGGUGAUUGGAUUGAUGGAAGAUACGAUGGGUUUGGGAUUGAGAGUUGGGCUAGAGGAAGUAAGUACAAGGGACAAUAUAAACAAGGAUCAAGACAUGGACAUGGUGUUUACAGGUUUUACACUGGAGAUUCUUAUUCUGGAGAAUGGUGUAACGGACAGAGUCAUGGUGUUGGUGUUCAGACAUGUGCUGAUGGUAGCUGUUACGUUGGAGAGUUCAAAUUUGGUGUCAAACAUGGCCUUGGCCGUUACCAUUUUAGAAAUGGAGAUACGUAUUCGGGUGAGUAUUUUGGAGACAAAAUGCACGGGUUUGGAGUAUACCACUUUGCGAAUGGACAUUGUUACGAAGGGGCUUGGCACGAGGGUCGUAAACAAGGCUAUGGAAUGUAUACAUUUAGGAAUAGCGUCACUAAAUGUGGCGAAUGGGAUAGUGGACACCUUAAGACCCCUGUAGCUCCUCCUCUCACAGGCUCUAUUCUUAAAGCAGUUCAGGCUGCGAGGGAGAGAGCAGAGAACACGAUAAAACAGAGGCGAGUGGAUGAGAAAGUGAACAAAGCCGAAAUGGCAGCAAACAGAGCGGCAACAGCUGCAAGAGUAGCCGCUAUAAAGGCAGUUCAAUACCAAAUCGAUGGUACACUUUGCGACUUGGAGGCGUGAGAAUUAGCAGUCUAAACACUCUUGAUUGUAGCUAUUAUUGGGAGUUUGUGUAACUUCUCAAAUCCACCCUGACUUGCAAACAAAGAGUAUUUGCUCGU